AAUCAGUUUGCCCAUCAUCCCCCAACUGCUAUCUAUCUAUGCAACUAACUGUCUUAAUUAAAAGCACCGAACCGAACCUCACUCCACCAAAAAAAACGCCACGUUAUCUGAUUCGAUUCUCUGUCAGAAGAAUUCAGAUAAACAAAACCAUGGCGGAAUCUGUGGAGCUUCCGAGUCGGUUAGCAAUCCUUCCUUUCAGGAACAAGGUCCUCUUACCUGGCGCUAUCAUCCGAAUUCGUUGCACUUCCCCCACCAGUGUGAAGUUGGUGGAACAAGAACUUUGGCAGCGAGAAGAUAAGGGUUUGAUUGGCAUCUUGCCAGUACGUGAUGCUGCUGAAACUGAAGUAAAGCCAGUGGGUCCCACUAUAUCUCAAGAUGGUGAUACUCUAGACCAGAGCUCAAAAGUUCAUGGUGCUUCAUCUGAUUCUCACAAGCUUGAUGCAAAAGCUCAAAAUGAUGUUGUUCAUUGGCAUAACAGGGGGGUAGCUGCUCGAGCAUUGCACUUGUCAAGGGGAGUGGAGAAACCAAGUGGAAGGGUGACAUAUAUAGUUGUUCUUGAAGGUCUGUGCAGAUUUAGUGUCCAAGAACUAAGCACAAGAGGAACUUACCAUACUGCAAGGAUCUCUUCCCUUGAGAUGAAUAAGACUGAGAUGGAACAGGUGGAGCAUGACCCAGAUUUCAUAAUGUUAUCUCGCCAAUUUAAAGCAACUGCAAUGGAGCUUAUUUCUGUUCUGGAGCAGAAACAAAAAACUGGUGGAAGGACAAAAGUUCUUUUGGAGACUGUCCCAGUUCAUAAGUUGGCUGAUAUAUUUGUUGCUAGCUUUGAGAUAAGUUUUGAAGAACAGUUAUCAAUGUUAGAUUCCGUUGAUGCUAAAUUGAGGCUUUCAAAAGCAACUGAAUUGGUUGAUAGGCACUUACAGUCAAUACGUGUAGCUGAAAAAAUUACACAAAAGGUUGAAGGACAAUUGUCAAAAUCUCAAAAAGAAUUUCUUCUGCGCCAGCAGAUGAGGGCAAUAAAAGAGGAGCUUGGUGAUAAUGAUGAUGAUGAGGAUGACCUGGCUGCCCUGGAAAGAAAGAUGCAAAGUGCAGGAAUGCCACAGAGUAUCUGGAAGCAUGCUCACAGAGAGUUAAGGAGACUAAAAAAAAUGCAGCCUCAGCAACCUGGGUAUAGUAGUUCACGGGCUUACCUAGAUCUUCUUGCUGACCUGCCAUGGCAGAAGGCCAGCGAAGAGCAUGAAAUGGACUUAAAAUCUGCACAGGAGCGCCUGGACAGUGAUCACUAUGGUUUAGCGAAGGUCAAGCAACGGAUCAUUGAAUACUUGGCUGUUCGUAAGCUUAAGCCAGAUGCAAGAGGUCCUGUCUUGUGCUUUGUUGGACCACCAGGUGUUGGAAAAACAUCACUGGCAUCUUCUAUUGCUGCUGCUUUGGACAGAAAAUUUGUGCGCAUAUCCCUUGGUGGAGUCAAGGAUGAGGCUGAUAUUAGAGGUCAUAGGAGAACAUACAUUGGAAGCAUGCCUGGGAGGCUCAUAGAUGGACUAAAGAGAGUAGCUGUUUGCAACCCCGUCAUGUUGCUAGAUGAAAUUGACAAGACGGGUUCUGAUGUUCGCGGAGAUCCAGCUUCAGCACUGCUUGAGGUUCUUGAUCCUGAACAAAAUAAAACAUUCAACGAUCACUAUUUGAAUGAUCUAUCCAAGGUAAUUUUUGUGGCCACCGCAAAUAGGGCGCAGCAAAUUCCUCCACCACUUCUUGACAGGAUGGAGGUCAUUGAGCUUCCUGGAUAUACACCUGAGGAAAAGCUCAAAAUAGCCAUGAAGCAUUUGAUUCCAAGAGUUUUGGACCAGCAUGGUUUGAGUUCUGAGUAUCUUCAGAUUCCAGAGGGAAUGGUGCAACUUGUUAUUCAGAGAUAUACUAGGGAGGCUGGUGUGCGAAAUUUGGAAAGGAAUCUAGCUUCCCUGGCUCGUGCUGCUGCAGUAAGAGUAGCAGAGCAAGAACAAGUGGUUCCAUUAAACAAAGAGGUACAGGGACUCACUACACCACUUCUGGAGAAUAGACUCACCGAUGGCGCUGAAGUUGAAAUGGAAGUGAUACCAAUGGAUGUCAACAGUCGUGACAUUUCGAACACAUUUAGGAUCACCUCCCCAUUGGUUGUUAAUGAAGCUAUUCUUGAAAAAGUGCUUGGGCCUCCAAAGUUUGAUGGACGAGAAGCAGCAGAACGUGUUGCAGCCCCUGGGAUAUGUGUUGGGCUGGUUUGGACUACUUUUGGUGGAGAAGUUCAGUUUGUGGAGGCUACAGAAAUGGUAGGGAAGGGUGAUUUGCAUCUUACCGGACAACUGGGUGAUGUAAUCAAAGAAUCAGCUCAGAUUGCACUGACAUGGGUAAGAGCAAGAGCAGCUGAUCUUAGACUGGCUUCUGCAGAGGGCAUUAAUCUGUUGGAGGGUCGUGAUAUACAUAUACAUUUUCCUGCAGGUGCUAUACCGAAAGAUGGGCCUUCUGCUGGUGUGACUUUGGUUACAGCAUUGGUAUCACUUUUCAGUAAGAAAAGAGUGAGAUCCGAUACAGCUAUGACUGGAGAGAUGACAUUGAGGGGUCUGGUACUACCCGUAGGUGGUAUCAAGGAUAAGAUAUUAGCUGCCCAUCGAUGUGGUAUUAAGAGAGUCAUCAUACCUGAAAGGAACUUGAAGGACUUGGUUGAAGUACCAUCCUCGGUGCUCGUCAAUUUGGAGAUACUACUUGCAAAACGAAUGGAAGACGUGCUGGAGCAAGCUCUUGAAGGUGGGUGCCCCUGGAGACACCAGUCAAAGUUGUGACAGUAUCCUUGACAAGCACUUGGUAGUUGGUACUAUAUUUGAAUGGCUCAUGGCUCAAGUAUCUACUCAACAUUUGGCCCCGUCCUAGUCUACAUUGGUGUUUUGGCAUUGGGGACUGAGUAUUUUGAUCUAUUCAAGUUAUGAGAGUUAAUAAAUUGAUCCUUCUUUUUGAACCCAAUGUUGUGUAAACUCAUCCAACAUGCAGGUUUUGUGGCGGUUUUGGCUGCCACAAGCUGUGCAGUAGAAAUAUAAAAAGUAAAAACUUAACACA